UUUUUUUCGAUUAUGGGGCUAGUGAUUGUAUAAUUUGUAUUAUAUUCAUGCAAGAAUUUCAAUUAUUUUGCUUUAGAGCUUCUUUUACCUAUGAGACUCAUAAUGGGUUUCCGCAAUUAGGUUUAGAUCCUAUUUUUUUAAUCUAGGUUUGGACGAAUAGCAAUUUCAAGCUCGUCAAUUUUUGCGUUACUAAAUAGUAAUUGAAAAGUUGUUUGAUUUGCUGCAAAGGAAGAGAUGGGAGAUGUACUUACAGAGCUUCCGCCCUCUUCAAGGUUCUUUCAGGAAGAUUUGGACAACUUCGCAACUUCAUCACCACCACUUUCAUCUCCUUCCCUACUGUUAACUAACCCUAAACCUGAUAAGCCUCUACAUCCUUCUCUCCUCAUCAUUGCAUUAUCUUCCCCUUCUCUUUAUGUUUUCCACCAUAUAUCCUCAAAGACCCUAAUCGGCAGUCUCGUACUACCUGAGAUCCCUUUCUCAGCAAACUUGAUCGGGCCCUCUCUUGGUGAUACGUCUUGCAAUAUUUAUGCUCUCAAUGAUGCUGACAAUUUAACACUCGUUGUCUCAGUACAGUGCUCUGUCAAUGCUGAGAGAUCCAUUGCAGUUGCUAAGUUGCUUAUUGGUGAUCACAUAAUUCCUGAGAGGGUUCUAAUAAUGGAUUCAGUUCAGAACCAGAAUUUCCGGGGUAGGCUGGCACCAGACGAGAUAAAUAUUUUCAAGCUGGAGACAUCAGCAGAGAGGAAAGGACUGAGUCAUGAUGGUUGUGGAGGUUCAUUCUUACUGAAAGGUUUAGACUAUUUUCCUUCAGGGAGUGUACUGGAUGGCUUGGCAGCUGCUCUGUUGGCAAGAUGUCAGAUGAGAAAAAUAAGAGGAACUCUUUGUGUUUCAUGGCCUCGACAUGGUGUUUCUGUGGUGGCUAUGGUCAAAUCUCUGCUACAGAAGAACGUGUUGCAUGGCUUUGACUUGAGCUCAAUUGGAGAUUCCAUGGAUGAAUCUUCAAGGUUCAGUUCAAUUAAGAAUUAUCCUUUUGAUUCUGAUAUAUAUACAUGAUGCGCUCUAGGUUUAUAGUGCUUCUUUAGUUCCUAGCAAUACUUUACACUUACAAGAAUUUUGCAAAGCACGAGCAGUAAGAUUGUAUGAUUUCCUCCUUAUAUGCUCUCUUCUCUUACAUUGGUUUUUUAUCAUUCCAAUUUCAACAAUGACGGAAGAAAUUGUAUUUUUCAUCUUGCUCUGAAACUACAUGUUGGUUUUCUGCUGGA